AUGGGGUAUCUUGUUCAAGUUGAAAUACAUACAGAGAUGGCAGCCAACAGAGUCCACGAGGGCCAAAAUGCACUCAUCACAGGCUCCGCCAGAAGCAUCGGCGAGGCAAUCGCGCGCAACCUGGCCUCCAAGGGCGCCAACGUCUGCAUCAUCUACCUCUCGGAGAGCUCCGACGAAAAGGCCAGCUCGCUCGCCCGGGAGCUGUCGGCAACGCACUCUGUGAGGGCGACGUCUGUGCGGGCCGACGUCCGGACCAAGGAGGGCUGCGCGGCGAUCGUGGCGCACGCGCAGGCGUCGCUGCCGGCCAACGCGCAGACGAAGCGGUUCCAGGUGGACGUGCUCGUGCACAGCGCGGCGCUGUUCCACGCGGCGGGGCUCGAGGACGUGACCAUUGACGACUUUCACUCGGUGUACGCGUCCAACGUGCUGGGGCCGAUCCUGCUGACGCAGGCCUGCCGACCGCACCUGCCGACGGACCGGUCCGGGCGCAUCGUGAACCUCUCCUCGGUCGGGUCCAAGGUCGGCAUGGCGGGCCUGACGUUGUACGGCGGCGCCAAGGGCGCCCUCGAGGCCAUGACCCGCACCUGGGCCCGCGAGCUGGCCGAGAGCUGCACCGUCAACGCCGUCGGCGUCGGCUCCACCAUGACCGACAUGCUGGCCGCCGCCCCGCACGAGGCCAAGGUCGCCAUCUCCAGCUUCUACCCCGUCACCCCGCUGUGUGCCGCCAGGGACGACGACAGCGAGCUGCAGAGGGAGUUUGCCGCAAGCUACGGCGGCCGUGCUGCCUACCCCGAGGAGAUUGCCGGCGUCGUGGCCAUGAUCUGCAGCCCCGAGUCGAGGUGGAUGACGGGGUCGCUGGUCGCUGCGAGCGGUGGCAUGUGGAUGAGUUCUUGA